GCAACCAGCACACUCACACAAAACACACACACUCACACAAAAUAUCUAUUUCCUUAUUUAUUCCUUCAAACACAACCAUGUUUUCUCUAUAUAUAGCACACACCUUACUCUUCAAUCUCUUAACAAAACUCUCUCUUCAAUUCACAAUUUACUUCUCAAAACCAUUUUCCACCCUCUACAACACUUACAUAUGGUAUUCACUAGUAACAACAACUCUUCCUUUUCAUACUCAAUUUCAUCAAAAGAUUCUUCUUCUUUCCACACAUCAUCACCGGACUCUGAGCUCCGAUUAGCGGCAAGUAGUCCCAAGAAACCGGCAGGGAGAAAGAUAUUCAAAGAAACUCGCCACCCGGUAUACCGGGGUGUGAGGAAGCGGAACUUAGAUAAAUGGGUUUGUGAAAUGAGAGAGCCAAACAAAAAGACUAGAAUUUGGCUAGGAACUUUUCCAACCGCCGAGAUGGCAGCCCGAGCACACGAUGUUGCGGCAAUGGCAUUGAGAGGUCGCUAUGCCUGUCUCAAUUUCGCCGACUCAGUGUGGCGGCUCCCUAUUCCUAUAACCUCUAAAACAAAAGAUAUUCAAAAGGCAGCUACCGAAGCCGCUGAGGCUUUUAGACCAGAAAAGAUUUUAAUGACAAACGACAUUGACACCGUUGUAGCUGUCAUCGCUGCAAAGGAGCUGAGUAUGUUUUGUGUGGAAGAGCAAGACGACGAAGAACUGUUGAAUAUUCCAGAUUUUUUUAGUAAUAUAGCACUAAUGUCCCCUGCACAUAGUUUUGAGCAUGAGUAUGAAGAAUUCGAAGACUUUCAAGAUGAUGAGGUAUCACUAUGGAACUUUUAAAUUUGAUUUGCUUAGUUUACAUUUUUUGGAUUGUAGAAUAGAAAAUGUCUAUACUACAACCUUUUUUUAUUAACAGUGUGAAUAUUGCAUAUACAUAGAUUGAAAUUGACAAGGAUUUUCUUUUUGUAGCUUUUUUGUGAAGUAAUGACUA